AUGGCUGAUGAUCCAGCAAAAGCAGAAAGUCUGCAGCAGUUCCUUGCCAUCACCGGAACGACGGAUGUUCAAGCCGCGACACACAUGCUGGAAGGCAAUGCAUGGGAUGUAGGGGCUGCUGUGAAUUUCUUCUUCUCUACUGGGGAGACAGGAGUGGGUCAUGGAACUAGUGCCGGCUCCACAAAUGCCAAUGCGACUCAACUAAGAAAUUCACCGGUGGAAGUGAUGGAGGAUGAUGAUCAUGAGCUGCAGAUGGCGUUGGCUGCCAGCAACACUUCGAAUAGAGCAAUGCCAAUGAUGGAGGACCGAUUUCCGCAACUCCGUGCGCAGGAGCUUGCGCAGAAAAGAGCACAUGAAGCGCAGUUUGUGCCAGAUGGCUUCGCAGAUUCCAGAGCAACUGGAAUUCCAGAAAAUCUUCGAAGAUUUAUGGAUACUGAUGACGACUUUGGAGCACCAAAGUACAAUCCUCCGAGUCCUAGUACGAUGGAAGCGAGAAGAGUGCGAGAAGAGCAAGAUCGUGCAUACGAAGAGUCGUUGGAGAUGGACAGGGCAAAAGAAAUGUCAAAGAAAGAAGCUCAGCUCGCUGCACAAGAAGCUGAGAAAAUCGCCAAACAAGAAGCCAUGCGGCUUGCUGAGGAGAAGGAGAUAAGAAAGAAUGAGUUAAACAAGGAGGUUUCAAGGAAGCAGGCCUUGAUUCCGGCAGAACCCAAGGCAGGAGAAGAAGGAGUCACCACCAUCGGUGUUCGGCUACAGGAUGGAUCUCGAUUGCCAAAUAGAAAAUUCCGUUCGACGGACAAGAUCGAAGUGUUGUACAACUGGGUGGAGACUACUCUACUACAGCGGCAGCUCGAAGCCGGUGAUGUUUCGCCCACCAAGCUCUUUGACCUGGUUUCAAUGGCUCCUGUCCGCGCUUUCAAAGAUAGAAACAUGACGCUUGCAGAAGCUGAGCUAGCGAGUCAGACGCUCUUGUCUGUACAGUUUCGUGCCAGCUGA